CGUGUCCACGCUGCAAGAUGGAUCGAAACGGUUUCGUGUCACGAUAAGUGAUCACCAACUAGCGAUCUUUUUAAAGUGUGGUAGACCUUAAAACGAUAAAUGUUAUAAAAAAAUAUUCGUAGACAAAUAUUCGUAGUGCCUUAUUGAACCUUUCAACGGCCCUUCACGCAUGUUAAACGUAAACUUGUGUAGUUGGAACUAUCGUCUGCUCUUGAUCAGCUGUCUUUUGGUUCCUUAUCGAUUGUGCUCUUAGUAGACAAACACUGAAACUGGCCGAGUUGACUUGUUAGACAGAAGAUAAGACAGGUGUGCUAACUGUAAAAUAAAAGCCACAUCUGGCAAAAUCUUCAUGAUAAAAGGUAUUCGACGAAAUUAAUUUUAUUGCAAUCGGCAUCAUCAUGAGAGUGGUGUUUUUACGUCGUCGACCAUUACUCAAGUUAACCAUCGUCGCUGCCUUCUCAUUGUUAUGUUUUUUCUCAGUUUACCGAUUUAUCAGUCCAGCAAACGGGAAAAAAGGCAACGCUCUGUUAUCCAUAGACAAGAAUCCCUGGCCAGUAUUAAAAAAUGAGGAAAAUGUAGUUCCUCAUCCUCCAUUACGUAAGGAGGGGGAAGAUGGAAACGAACAACAGGGAGCUGGGGAGGGGCCUUUGCAGCAGCGAGGAGAAAGUGCUGUGUUUAAAAAAGGCAUCUUAGGAAACUAUGAACCAAAGGAACCACCCAAAAGUUUUAAGCCUGGUGAAGAGGGAAAGCCAGUACACACCAGCUUGGAAGAGAAGCCAAAAGCUGAUCAGACAGUGCGAGAGUUUGGAUUUAACAUGGUGGCCAGUGAUAAGAUGGCCUGGAAUCGUUCAAUCCCAGACACAAGAAUGGAUGAAUGCAAGUAUUGGCACUACCCGUCCAACCUGCCUACAGCCAGUGUGAUACUAGUAUUCUACAAUGAAGGAUGGUCCACCCUACUCAGAACUGUGCACAGUAUCAUCAACACAUCCCCACCACAACUACUGCAUGAAGUAGUGCUUAUUGACGAUGAAAGUGACAAAGAUAUUCUUAAAGAACCUUUGGAAGAAUAUAUUAAACAGUGGAAUGGAAAAGUCAAGCUGUAUCGCAAUAAGGAGCGCCUUGGCCUGAUUCAGGCGCGGAAUCGUGGAGCAGAGCUGUCCACAGGAGACGUCAUAGUGUUCCUAGAUGCACAUUGCGAGUGCAAUCGCAACUGGCUACCCCCAUUGCUCAGCAGAAUCAACUAUGACAGAACCAUUUUAGCUGUGCCUAUUGUUGAUGGAAUAAACUGGGAUAAUAUGGCCUACUACUCUGUGUAUGAUUCUCGUCAUCAUCGUGGUAUUUUUGAGUGGGGUUUUCUGUACAAAGAAAGUAUUGUGCCAGAAAAAGAACUAGCUACACGAAGCCAUGCCAGUGAACCUUACAAGUCUCCUACGCAUGCAGGUGGGCUGUUUGCAAUGGAUCGCAAAUAUUUCUGGGAGAUGGGAGGCUAUGACCCUGGAUUGCAGAUAUGGGGGGGAGAAAACUAUGAAUUGGCUUUCAAGGUGUGGAUGUGUGGUGGAAGCUCAGAGUGGGUUCCAUGCUCAAGAGUGGGACACAUCUACAGAGGUCCCAGAGUUGCUGGACUUGGAAAAGUCAAAUCUGACCCAAAGCUGCCCUUUUCUUUAGUUAAUUACAUGCGGGUGGUGGAAGUAUGGAUGGAUGAGGAGCACAAAGAAUUCUUCUACACCCGUGAGCCUAUGGGUCGAGGUGCACCUAUAGGAGAUAUUAGUAAGCAGCUGCAAUUCAAGAAGGAUCACAACUGCAAGAGUUUCAAAUGGUUUAUGGAGAAUGUUGCCUAUGAGGUCUAUGACAAGUUCCCCAAACUGCCCCCAAACAAGGCUUGGGGAGAGGUGAAAGAAAAAGAAGGCCAACAGCGUUGUUGGGACACCCUUGGCCAAAGUGCUGGGGGAGGAGCUAUUGGUGUUUACUACUGUCACAGUGGUGGAGGCAAUCAGCUUUUCAGGAUUAACACUAAGGGUCAAAUAGGAUUAGGGGAACGAUGUAUUGAGGCACAGAAUGGUGACACCUUGCACAUAAGAUACUGUGAAGUACAGCCUGUUGGUCCAUGGGACUACAAUGAGUCACUUAACCAGAUCAAGCAUACAGUCCACCAAAAAUGUAUAGAAUCAGGACAAGAUGGGAAGCUUCAUUUGGCAACCUGUGAUCCUGGAUCUGCUAACCAGAAGUGGAUUGUCAAUGAGAUUUACCCAUGGAAGAGUUGAUAAAUCUGAGACAUUGGACAAAUUUGGGGAUACUUUAAUUUUCUAUAUCACAUAAUGGAGAAAUGAAUUAAAAAAUUAACAAUUGAAUGAAUUCAAUAUGCAUAAAAAAACUUUCAUUGGAAAUCUUCAAAUUGUUUAUCUGCAGUCUUACAAAUUAUGCAUUGUUCCACUAAUAAAAUGACAAUGGAAUAAUGGUGACCCAUUUUGGUCUUUUCCACAGUUGUUGAUAUAUUGUUUCUUUUACCUUCACUUUAAUUGCUUACUUUUAUUUUUUUUUAAGUAAAAUGUUUUUUUCAAAUGUCAAUUUUUUUCUAAACAUUAGUUUAAGGCUUGAAAGAUCACAUCAUAACUUAAAAUCAUUACUUAAGAAUUAUUGCCCUUUGACUCCCCUCCAGUCUGCAAUGCAAAUUUAAGUACUUAAUGUGGCUAUCAAAGAAUAUUCUGAAUGUAAAGUACAGGGUAAUCCAAGCAUUUGCUUCAAUUAGAAUCUUUUGCCUCAAUGGCUUUUUGGGGCUGAGCCAGAUUUAGAAUCCUUAUAAUAUAGGUAAUCACUGUCAAAGGUGCUUUGAAAGUAGUAUACUAAUUAAUAAAAAUGAAGAGAGGUUGGGGAAGAACAAGCACUGGUAGAAGGUCCACAAAUAUUGGUUGUAUGCAACAAAGGAACUAUUUCUGUUAUGAAAAUUAAAAGAAAAAGAUACUCAUAAUGCUCACAACAGUUGAGAAGAGAACUAUGCCAAGAGUAAAGCAUUAAAUAUAUGCAUUGUGUUAGGGAGCAUAGGCACUUGCUAGAUGUUUUGUCUUCGAGCAUGCACAAAUUACUUUUGUGUUUCAUAAUUUUUGCUUAUCUGACAGUCAUGGCUUUUGUAUAUUUUUUUCUUUUUUUUUUGGAAAGAAUAUGCUGGGUUUUAUAGCUAAAGUUUGUGGUGAUAUUUUCAAAUGGUUGAGUCUUCUCAGUUUAUAUAUUGCAUAGCAGCUAUAUUUUGCGAUUAUAUUAUAUUCUCCAACCUAUGAAUGGUGGUUGCAAUUUAACCAAGGAUACAGCUCUGUACAUAUUUCAACAAGAGAUUUUUAAAUAUAUUUGAUAAAAUAUGUUAAAAAUAAUUCAAGAUCUACAAAUAUUUGCCGUAUUGAUUUGUAUUAGUUUCAAGUUCCUUUUAUAAGUUUAUGCUAUGCUCUGGAGGAGAGGUUUUAACAGUAUAUAAAGCUGUAUAUCAGCCUCUACAAAUUUUCAUAGCUUGAAAGAAUAUUUAGCAUUAUAUGAAGUUCACAAGUAAUCAAAUCUUGUAGUUUGCAAAUCACUCUCUUACACAGACACAUGCAACUUAUAUGUGUACUGCAUUUUUAUACAGUACAGUGCUGGUAAUUGUUGACGAUAAAGGCAUGCUUAUAAAAUGUCCACUUUCAUAUUUAAUCAUGAUAAUGCAUUGAAAAUUACUACUCAUAUAUUCUUGAAAGACCAUGGCAUCCCCUUAAUAUUAAAAUUGUGUGAAGACAAUGUGCAAAAACUGGAAGAUAUUUUACAGACUUUGAAAAAAAAUGUGAUUGUGAAGAUUCUAUGAUGAGUGUAUGCAUUCAUGCAUCCAUAAUGUGAGCACCAUUGAACACACAUAUUAAAACCAAACAUUGAGAACUAUAACAUUUAAAUAUAAAUUCGCUGCAUAUGGUUAUGGAUUUAUGAUUUAUUUCCCUUUAUUUAUUGUGAGAAUAUUGAAAGUCAUUUCAUUGGAAUCAGAAAUAGGAUGAUUAUGUUCUUUGACUUAACCUAUGGUUACUUUUUGUACAAAAUUUAUUUAGUGAAUUGUUAACCACUUAUCUGUGACAAAAUGUUGUUAGUCAAGACAGUGUCACACUUUCAGUACUGCAAUGUUUUUGUACUUACAUUUGCUGAUGCUUUUGAAUUUAUUUACCACUUUGUUGUGAGGUGUUAUAUUAUGCACAUAGGUUUUUGUUUUUAAUUAAAUGGGGAGGCCUGUGGGCUAAGGUCCUCUAAAACGAGC